AUUGACGUGGAAGAGAUGUGGAUGAGUAGGUCCCGGGUAUAUACGUUUUUUGGUGGUUUAGAUGCUAUGGGUUGAUAGUAAACACUAGACAGUCAUUGUAAAAUACCUACGUACGAAUUAUGAAUGGCGAGUGGCACUGGUUGAAAUUUUGUGCUACUUUGAAAGCAGAUGAAUAUCAGUCAGUUGAUUAUGUCGUUGUUAUAAAGGUAUUUAUCAAGGAGUGCCUACAGUUCCUUAAAUAGAGAAAUCAUAAACAAGAUUUCAAUUCUAGUUCAGUUCGUGUCGUUUUAUUCAAAUCAUAUCACUUAACAUAAAACAUGAAAUUCUCAUCUCAUCUGAGGCGUAAUUGUGACGAGUAUUGUUGUUUUCACUUCGGUUUAAAAAAAAUUAUAUGCAAGCUUGGAUUAGAAUCAGACUGAAAAAAUGUCGUUUUGCUUUUCCAUUUUCACACUAUCGUUAAUUUAUAGCUGUGGCCACGUGUUGAGUUAUCAAGAUGACAGAAUUUCGUGUCAAACGCCGGACAAUCAUUUAGGAAGAUGCAUAGUUCUGGCAGAAUGCCCAUAUUUACACGAAUUAGUAAUGUCAGAUCCGCUAAAUUCGCAGACCGCAGAUUUUAUACGAAAGUCACGUUGUGGAAUGGAAAACAAUUCGCCAAAAAUUUGCUGUAGUCAUUCUGAUUUGAGAAAGCCCCAUUCGUUUUAUCCAACACGUGCAUGGAUAACCUCACCUUCGUGGAUUACAAAGAGUAGCAGUAAACCUACCAGUGUAGAAAGUACGAAUAGAAAUGCUUACUCGUUUUGUGGAAAGUCGACCAAAAUCAUGGCGAAAAUAAUUGGAGGCAAAAGUACAACUCCAGGUGAUUGGCCUUGGAUGGCAGCUAUUGGUUUUCGAUAUCCUUCAAAACCUCGUCCAGAAUUCUUAUGCGGAGGCACUCUGAUUUCUGAUACUUGGAUUCUAACAGCUGGUCAUUGUGUGAGAAGUGUUGGAAAAUCAACCCAAACUGUGGCUCGAGUUGGAGAAAUCGAUUUGACCAAAGAUUCAGCAACAGAUAUGCCAGCUGAAGAAAUUAUCGUUCAUCCACAAUUUACCUUUAGUCCAUUGCUUAAUGAUAUUGCCUUGUUGAGAUUAAGAAAUCCUGUUACUUUUACAGCAAAAAUACGUCCUAUUUGUUUACCAAAGCUGAAUGAAUAUAAAAAUGACAAGUUCUAUGCCAAUAAAUCCGCAUCUAUUGCUGGCUGGGGAUAUACCCGAUCAGUACCACCAUCUAACCGAUCUAACAUUCUGCUCGAAGCUCAAGUUGACAUGGUUGACCAAAAAACUUGCAUUUCGAAAUUCAAACUGUCUCCUUUGAAGUCAUUAUUGAUUGAUGAUCGAGUUCUGUGUGCAGGUAGACGAUACGUGGAUUCUUGCCAGGGCGAUUCAGGUGGACCUCUGGUCUUAUCAGUGUCAGCUUCGUAUUACUUGAUUGGAAUUGUUUCUUAUGGAAUUGGCUGUGCUAGUCCUUUCUAUCCUGGAAUAUAUACCAAAGUAGCUUACUUUCUUGACUGGAUCAAGUACACGACAGGAAUUGAAUUUUAAAAGUUUUGGAGAUUUUUACGAUCAUUUAUGCAACUUUCCAUCAUCUUGGCAUAUCAAGUGAAAAAAAUAAUAGUUAGGUAUAUGGAAGUUCAUUGUGACUGACCAACGGAAAAAGAGCACAGGGUGAGAGCUAAUGAAGACAAAGUGGAAAGUGAUGUCAACUGUGAAAAAAAAGGCGAAUAAAUGAACCAUGGAAACUUAUUCUCGCAUUAUUUUGUUAUACAUCUAUUCAAUCUUAAGAGAAUUGUGAUAAAUUGUAGGUGAACGAUUAUAGCUCUGAAAAGGUG